GGAGGAAGGACUAUAAUGGCAGCCAUUAAUGAUAUACGAGGUCGCAUUGAUAUGCUUCAAAUAACUAUUACAAAAAUUUAUACUGCAACGUGUUCUCCUGUAGAAACGGCUAAGAACCAUAUUGGAAUUCCAAAUCUUCCAUUACUCUCCAUGAAAGAAUGGAAUAAGUGGGAGAAUUUCUUAUCAGAAGAAGAAAACAAAUUGUUAAUGGUUGGAUUGUUAGCAGAGCAUGGCAAAGAUGAUGUCAAAAGCUCAGUAUAUGCUAUUAUGCGCAAAAUAUUGUCAAAUAAGGUAGCUAUGCAUUUUAAUUUGAAGGGGAUUAAUAGAGAAGGAACAACUGUUAAAAAGAUAAAAUUUCAAAAUACUCUAUCUCAUGGUGCUAUCAUUG